GAAAGUGUUCUGUCAAGGCCGGAAGCAUACAAAGGCAAAACAAACCGAAGCAUCAUGUGUUGAUAACAGGAUCUUCUUCGAGCUCGGAUAAACUACGGAUUUAUGGCUAUGAUGUUUUAUUGAUUUUAACAAAAGAUGUGAAACUUUUUUUUUUAAAGUUUUUUGAACAAAAAAAACUUUGAUUAUUUAUCACCUGUGAUGAUGAUUUCCGUUUCAAAGAAGUUAACACUUCAAUGUGUGUGUGUAAGCUUGUUUAUAUCUUGUUCCAGAGAAUCGCCGGUCGAUCUAAAGGAAAAUUCAACUGUAAGUGAAGCUACGCAUUUUAUGGAUGAAGCUCAGGAUUUUCAUACAGUAACAGAUGACACUUUUGUUCCACGAAACAGCUCGAUUGAGAGAUGGAAUCAUUCCAGAAUGCUGUUAAAAAGUACAACAUUAGGAUAUGAUGAGUGGUGGUUUCUUACAACGCAAAGAACACCCAUAUCAUACAAAGAUUUCCCCGGCCGUCCUGGUGUGGCAACGUGGAAAGAAAUCAAUCCUGGUGAAAGCAGAGAUAGCAGAAAACUAAAAACCUCACCCACAGCUGAAGCUGCCAGUGGCACUUGGAAACUACAUCCCAAUGCUUUAUGGCUUUAUAUUGUUUUAUACCUAACUUUCGAACACUUCUUUCACAAUCCAUGAAUAUAUAUUUCCUGCAUUAUGAAUAUAAUAUUUAAUUAGAACACAUGCAUUUCAUUUCGCAAAAAAAAAACUUCAUGAGUUUAAUAUUUCAUUGAUUCAUUUGUUGCAGAAAAAAUUGUAACUGCACAAAAAUUUUACUUUUUUUGUAAAAAAAACUCAGGUUAAAUGUAUGCAAAAAAAUUAAUGUUUGCUUAAUGAAUUGAGUGUUUUAUCAUGCCUAGAUGUAAACAAAGUGAACAAUCAAAUCAGUAAUGAAAAUCAGAUUUUUAAAAGAACUGUGCUGCAAUUCACUUAGUAAUAAAUUCUCCAUCGAGUAUUUAUUACAAAGUGAGGUAACUGUAAAUAUUCCAAUGAAACUUUUUACAUCUCUAUCUCUCAAAGCUCUACCUAUCUACAAAGCCUACCUAUGUAGAUAGGUAGAGUUGUAGAUAGAUUGACUACCUAUCUACAAAGCUCUACCUCUCCUAUCUCUACCUCUAAAGCUAUCUCUCAUGUUCGACGUGUUUUAUUUAGAAUUAUGUUGAAAUCGUAGCUAUCGUUAUUGGUGUUUCAAAUACCCUAAAUGGUCUAUAGAAGUUAGAUCAAAUCAAAGGUAAAGUCUUUUACCGGAUUUAAGAAUUUGAUGUUGUUUAGCAACAGUUGCUUAAGAAUGGUUUUUGCUGCUCCUUUUUAAAGUAAUUUUAGCAAGUCUCUCAAUUCAGUAAUUACAUUUUAUUUAAAAAUCGUCGAAGAACAACCGACUCCUCAGCCUUGUAAAUUUGAACCCAAUCUAGAAGACAAGGAAACUCCUAGAUCAAGUAUUGAGUGAAAUUCAUCUUACUUAGGACUUUUUUGAAGGAACUAACCCACAUUUGCGUUACAUAGAGAGGAAAACCACUCAAAACCUCUCACUGUUAGCCUGGUGGCAAGAAGACUCUUACCCAUAAUCCAUCUACCACGGGGGAUAUUUUUCACCAGGUCAGUUACUGUGGAAUUUUACGACAGUUGCCGUGGUCUGUACGAGCCAGUUACGGAAUUCGCAUCUACCAACCAUCGCUGGGAUUUGAAUCCGGGUAACCUCAUAGGGAUGCUUACACUUUUCCUUUGAGCCACCAAUCCAAUACUUAUCAUAUAAUUUAUUAUUACCUUUUAGCUCUCAAGGUAUUUUUUGUAGAUAAAAAAUGGACGCUACCACUAAGAUUUUAUUAUAUAAAACCCGCUGUUUACCUUGUUACCAUAUAACACCUAGAGACCAUGAGAGAAAAAAGUUACUAAACUCUAAAAAUUUUAACAAUCAGAGUUGCAGAUAAUUCAUGAACACAGAGAGAGGUCUUUGAGUUCAAAGGGUUAAAUCAGUGAGUAUAAGUUGCAAGUCCCCCAAAUAAACCUUUUUCACAUACUGAAGAAUUUUUUCACUUGUUUGACCUGUAUUUAUUUUGAAUUGCUCUUGUUUCUGAUAUCCCAAAUGAUCUAUAAAUAUAUUAUAUUGAAACUUAAGUCUUUUACUAGAUUGAGGUACGAGCAGGCCUGAAAGCGAGACGGAAAAGAGAAAAUACUGGUAGGAGAACUAUUUCAAUAUUAGAUAAUAUUCGGGAGGAAUUAAUCUAUUCUCAACAAUAAACAAUUCAAUAUAAAAAUUGUAUUCGUUAAAAACAAUUGGUAAUUAAAGAAUUUUAUUAUUCCUGAAAAAAAAUUAAAAAAUGAAAUUCAUUUGUUACCAGUUUUUGCACUUUUCCGUCUAUAUAUAUGGGCUUUCAGUCCUGGGUACGAGCAACAAUUUCUAUAAAAUGCUAUUUGUUGUAAUGUAGUAACAUACCUGCCAACUUUUACGCAUUUGGCGUAAAAUUUUAUUUCUAUCUUUAAAGUGGUAGCAAAAUGUAUGCUUUAUAUAUAUUUUUUGCAUUUAUAAACUUAAUUUAUAAUCUUUUUCACUACCACUACUUUUAAAAAUAUUAAGCACAUAUAUAAAUGUGUAAUACUGCGGCAGAAUUCUUCGCAAACUUUAUCAAAAUACAGUGUAUUUUUCUACCUAAAAUUGUAAUUUAAAUUCCAUCUUAUUACCACUGGGGAAAAUGAUCAUCGAAAGGAUUAACUAAGUAAGUUCAAAUUUCUCCAGUCAAAUUUUUUAUAUUCUAAAGUUAUUUUAUGUUUGAUGCAUUUUAUUUUAAAUUUUGCUAAAGUAUAAGUACUAUAUGUAUAACUAUAUCUAUAAGUACUAUAUCUAUAAGUACUAUAUCUAGUACUAUAUCUUUAAGUACUAAAUACUAUACCUAUAAGAAGAGAUCCAACAAGAGACGAGAUUAUUAUCUGAAAUAAGCCACUAUUGGUUUGUAAACUCUGUAUGUAAAUUAUAUGACAUAAUAAUCAUUCCUCUGUAAACAUAUCAUUCGCCCAUUUUUCAGGCAUAUUUUUUUAACUGUUAUUUUAAACCAAUCAGUGCCAAAUUAAUAAGUAAUAUGCAAUUGUGCUUCGCAUUAAGAUUUUAUUGUUAAAAGUCAAAUUAAAAAACGUAAUAAUGGUUACAGUUUGUAUACAUUGAAAUUCUAUUUUUUAACGUAAAAUUAAUUUUUCAGUAG